UAAAAGGCGGCGGAGCGGCGACCUCCCACUUCCGCGGCGGCGGCGAUGGCAGCUCGGAGCCUCUCUGCAGGCAGCCCGCCCCCGGGCCCGGUCCCCGCCGGCGGGCUGCGCGUCUACAGCAUGCGCUUCUGCCCGUACGCCCAGAGGACGCUGCUGGUGCUGGAGGCCAAAGGGAUCGGGCAUGAAGUCGUCAACAUCAACCUGAAAAGUAAGCCCGAGUGGUUCUUUAAGAAGAAUCCCCUUGGUCUGGUGCCAGUGCUGGAAAACAGCCAGGGCCAGUUGAUCUGUGAGUCUGUCAUCACAUGUGAAUACCUGGACGAAGUGUAUCCCGGGAAGAAGCUGCUGCCAGAUGACCCUUAUGAGAAAGCUUGCCAAAAGAUGACCUUUGAGUUGUUUUCUAAGGUGCCAUCUUUGUUAUUCAGGGUUUUCAUGCUACAGCAAAGUAAAGGAGACUACUCUGACAUAAAAGAGGAAUUGAAGAACGAACUGAACAAGCUAGAAGAGGUUCUGACUAAGAAGAGGACAACCUUCCUUGGUGGCAGUUCUGUCUCUAUGAUCGAUUACCUCAUCUGGCCCUGGUUUGAACGGCUGGAAGUAAUGGAGCUCCAAGAGUGUGUGGACAAAACUCCAAAACUUAAGCUCUGGAUGGCAGCCAUGAGGGAAGAUCCUGCAGUUAAAGCCCUCCUCUUGGAUAGGAAGAUCUAUCAAAAUUUCGUCAGACUUUACAUGGAGAACAGUCCUGAAGCCUACGACUGUGGGCUCUGAAGGGGCAAGAAUGAGCAGUGAGGCACCGGAGCCCUCCUUUGCUGAUAUGAAUAAUAACAUGCUUUCAUUGUACCAAGA